AAUCAUCGUUACGUUGAAGGAUGGUUAGCGACAGUGAUGUAGAGUCAAGCAGAAGGCCUAGGAUAUCCAGUCGAAGUAACCGAAGUGUUCAAUCAGCAGAAGAUGUCUCCGAAAGGCAACGCAGUACCAGGUCGCGCUCAAGAAGAACAGCACGUUCUUCGCGCAGAAGCGGCAGAUCUGCCUUUCAGUCGGAUCGCUUUGACGUGGAUAGCCAGCGGGGCAGGUCUAAAAAAUCUGAAAGAAUGCAAAGCAGCAGAAGAAGAUCGAAGAGAAAGCGGAGGCGACGAUCGAAAAGGAGCAGAUCAAAAACAUGCUCUUUGUACAGCCGCAAAUGCCCUAAGCACGUUACAGACAAGGCUCUGUCAAGAGCAGCUGCCAGUGAUAGAGCACGCCGAGAAAGAGCAACUGUAAGACAGAUGAUGAGAGCUUACGGAAUGACAGAGCCGAUGUUGAUGGGAGCAACAAGGAGACAAAGCGCGUAUUCUUCUAUGCGGGGAUUAGUGAUGUAUCUGCAGUGCAUAUGCAUCAUGGGAUGUGCAAUCAUGGCGAUUUUGGCCCAACGACUUUUCAACACUCGAGGAGACCUGAACUAUUACCUCUUUGAGAUGACUUUUGAGCUUCUACUAUACUUUGUUGCUGUCUGCAAUAUUGCAGCUCCCAGUUACACUUCCCGGUACUGCAAUGUAGUUUUUUUCGUAAUUGCUGUCGGUGUUAAUUUCUCCAAUAUCCUCAUAGUUGCAAGAUCAGAAGGUUUAUUUUUUCAAUGCCAUAAAGGGGGUGUUCUCAUGCAACAUUGCCUUGUUUUGGAUAUUCCCACUCACUAUCACACCGUUUAUACGUCAGCUUUUCUAAUGUUCUUCCACUUGGCCAUUGCCCUUGUAUGCGUGUCUAUUAUCAUAUUCUAUGAUGAGAGCUUAGACUGGUAUAUUGAUCAUACACCAGGAGCACCAAAAUGGGUUACUACUUUGCCGCUACACCUGCACGAACGUUAUGAGAAAGCACGAGCUAUAGCAAAGAAGCUUAAAGAAAGAGACUUAGUUACGAAACUCAAAAAGCCAUUUGAGGUAGCUGACUUGCCUCCAGGGACAACGAUCACUAGAGAGCAGUCAGAAUAUUCAACCAGAACCACUACGUACGAUCGAUCGGGCAAGAGUAAUGUGGGACCAGAACGAGUUACCAUGAGUAGAUCGUAUUCUCUGAAAGCGCCGGGAAAAGAAGCUGCUACAAGUCGACGCAAGUGGGUAAUUACUCGUCCUCCACCAAACGCUGAUAAAAUUCUCACACCUGCAAAGGACGAGAGGGCAAUCAAGAUGGAGACUGCUAUAGAAAAGCCUAGUAAAGCUGACAAAGAAUCGCCACCGCCGUCAAACAGAGAGGAUCACUCUAUGUCAGAAAGGUCUGAGCGCAAUAGAGCUGGAAGGGAUGUAAUCUACGACGAAUCUCGCGUGACGAGGAUGCCUGCUCUGAUAUCUCCUUUAGCAUACAUGAUGAACAAGAAUAUAACAGAAAAGCAGAGUACAUAUAUGGAUGGUGCGCUUAUGUUAGCAAUUUUCCAGGGCAUUUCCGAUGAAACAAACGCGCUUUUGGACCAACGAAAUGUGACAUUUCCCAGCCUGCGAUCUCUCAAAAUGACAUCUAUGGAACUACUGAGCCGUCCUCCUCCAAACAGGAAGGUCGGUGUUGCAAGCAUGGACACUCGUAACGUACUCGUCUUGGGUGAAGAAGACUUGGAAGCAGAGAGAAUGCUAGGAUUGCGUGAAAACAGAGGAGGACUAUCAUUGCCAUCACACUCGAAUCAACAGCAGCCAGUUUUUGAAGUAUGCACGUUCUCCGGAUGCUCGACUAGUGGACCUAAUGGUCGACUAGUUGAGCAUCUGAAGAACGACUGGCGAGGAAAAAGCUUUGGAGGAGGAAGAGGAGAGAGAGCCGCCAGUAUUUACAUCGCGAUGUCCGGGAGUAACUGCACUUGCCCUACCCAAGGUAUAGCAUGCUUUGGUCGAUUCACAGAUGCAUUCAUCCGCUUCACCACUACGCUAACACUGUUCGACGUGCCUGACUUCUAUCGGGCCAUUGAUAGCAUCAUAACCAUGUCGGAAUUGAGGAAACGACUCUACGUUUCCGACCUCUUUAGGUCUCUGGGACAUUGGAAUGACUUGUAUGCAAUGACCAUUGCCCUCAAUACAUUAGUAUUUUCCUCUGUACAAUUGCAUUAUACCUUCAGAAGAUCUCUUGGUUGGAAAAGAAGUGAUUUUGAGUUCCACGAUUGUGAAGGAAAUUUCUACUCACUCAUAAAAGAGAACGUAACCCUUUUCAUUGAGAAGCAAUACGGAGAAUCUGGGGCAAAGUUUACAAAGAACGAGUUCCCUCUAUUCAUAGAAAGUGGUGAAGCUUGCGGAGUUUUGCUUCUGGUUGCUUUGUUCAGAAUGAAAACAUCACGGUUAUUGUUGAUUGGAGCAUUGUUGUACUCGAUCUGCCCGGUGCUAAGCCUGACGAGUAGUAAAACGUUUGUGCGAGCCUCCAUUUUCCUCUCAGGAGUAUCGGUGCGACUGAUGAGAAUUCCAAUGAUGAUGCACUGUAUGGAAAGCCUUCCAAAACAUCUCCGUGUACAUGCUUUAUCGAUAAUGUUUGCAGUGGGAGUGAUUUUUAACAUGUGCAUGAUACUGUACUCUAAAGUAGUCAACUAUUCGUUGUUCUGGACACACGCGAUGGUUGCAAUAUCCAUAGUCACAACAUGCUGUUUGCACAUCAGAUUUGCUCCACCCGAUAUCAUGUACACUCUUCUAAUGGCAAAAACAAGCUUGCUCACUGAGGAAUUGGAAAAAUGGGUGAAGAGAGGAAAAUUAAUAAAUAUAGACUCGCUUAUCGAUAAUAUUUUGUACCGCGGACCGGUAUUCACUUCUCGAAUGAGCACUUUCAAGAACCUCUUGAGAUUCGGGCCACUUUUUCGUAAAACAGCAAUUUGUGCUUGUCUUUUGCCACUGGGAUCGCUAAUUUUCUCAUCUUCAUUUGCUUACCUUCACGAUCGUCUUUCAUAUGGGGCAUACGAGUCGGACUUUAUGUCAAAUAUUUGCAGCUUACUCGGUCUGGUGGUAACUGUCUACCUCUGUCCGAGAUUAGGACGCCGUCUUACAUUGACUCUUAUGCUGUCAGUAGCUAUUAUGAGCCAAAUUUUACUGCUCAACUUAAGAUUAGAAUCGUAUAACGCCUGUCGAAGGAUGAACAGCCCUCAAGGUUGGCGUCUGUUUGCUGCUCAUUUGACUUAUGCGUGCGGAAUGAUAUCUGCUACAGUGCUAUUAAUAGUGCCAAGAGUGAUUUUAAUGGAGCACGUUCCCACCUCACUAAGGUCUCUUGUACCCCUUGCUUUUGUAUACUUGAAUGUUACGGUCCUUAUCCGUAUCGCCGUGCAACAUGUAGCAACGCGUCUUUCAAAAGCAUAUCCAAAUGCGGGAUUGAUCUACUCUUUGGGCUAUGCAAUACUUGUAGCACCUUUCGCUCUCUUACUCGAUGAUUCCACACAUCUCCCGAUAAACACAGCAGAGAUCCCAGUGUUUACACCUCCUCGAACCGUAUAUCCAAAGCACAUGGACCCCAACGACACUCCGUCAGAGCGCUUCUCCGUACGCAUGAUGUUACAAGCAUGUGCAGCAGCGCAGGAGGCUAAGAUGCAUGCUACAGCUGCCACAGCAUCGGCGGAGUUUUAG